AGUAGCCAUCUUCAGUGUUGACAUGUGCAAGUUGUGAAAUCAUCUGAAAAUGGGGAGAAAGAAAACUGGUGGGAAUCUAGGGAAAUCCCUAAUAAAGGAUCGUUUUGGCAAGAAAAACAUUCUCAAGAGGGAUGAUUCGUUUCUUCACACUAGUGAACUACAGGACGGUUAUGACUGGGGUAGGUUGAACCUGCAGUCUGUUACUGAGCAGAGUAACUUAGACGACUUUCUGGCCACGGCAGAACUUGCAGGGACCGAAUUUACAGCUGAGAAAUUAAACAUUCAAUUUGUUGAUCCCCAUAAACAUACGGGAUUAAAACCUGAGGAACUAGACCACAUUAAACAGUUACACAAAGAACAUGAGACAUUGCUAAGAAUUCCAAGACGACCUCUCUGGGAUGAGACAACCACUGCUGAACAGUUAGAUCAAAUGGAAAGGGAAAGCUUUCUGCAGUGGAGAAGAGGUCUGUCUGCUUUACAAGAGAUUGAGGGGAUUAUCAUGACUCCGUAUGAAAAGAAUCUUGAGUUUUGGCGACAACUGUGGAGAGUAAUAGAACGUAGUGAUAUCAUUGUCCAAGUAGUGGAUGCUCGGAAUCCCUUGUUGUAUCAGUGUAAUGACUUAGAACAAUAUGUCAAGGAAGUUGAUACAAGCAAAGUUAACAUUUUACUCAUCAAUAAAGCCGAUUUUCUUAGUUACAGUCAAAGACAGAUGUGGAAAGAGUAUUUCGAUAAAGUGGGAACACGGGUGGCAUUUUGGUCAGCGCUAGAGGAAUCUGAGAGACAUGAAAGAGCAGAGAGGGGGGAAGAGGUGGAGGAGAUGUUAUCAAACAGUGAGGAGGAGGACACUAGUGAGGAAGAGGACAUUGAAUGUUACAGUGACAAACUUGAGGAAAAUGUACCUGGUUCAGAUGAAGUUGAAGUUGAUGAUCAUAAAGACAUUUUAGCAGAAGAAACUUCCUGUCCAACAAGUGAGUCUCCUUUUGAUCAUAUUGAAACUAACAGUGGGAGUGUGGCUUCGGGAGGUGCCAGAAUGAAUAAUAGUGUUAAAGUACUAAAUGCAGAAGAAUUACUUGAUUAUUUUAGAAGCGUUCACCGGGAGAAAAAAGUGACCGAUGGACAGACAACAGUGGGCAUGAUUGGAUACCCUAAUGUUGGGAAAAGUUCAACAAUUAAUGCAAUCCUAAAAACCAAGAAAGUACCAGUGUCUUCAACCCCAGGGAGAACCAAACACUUCCAGACCCUGUAUGUGGAAAGUGACUUGAUGCUGUGUGAUUGUCCUGGACUUGUGUUCCCAUCAUUUGUGUCAACAAAGGCAGAAUUAAUUGUAAAUGGAAUUUUACCAAUUGACCAGAUGAGGGACCAUUGGCCCCCAGUGAAUCUUGUGUGCAGUUACAUCCAAAGGGAAACACUGGAGGCUUUGUAUGGAAUAAACCUCCCACCACCCCCAGAAGGGGAGGACCCAAAUCGCUGGCCCACCGCAGAAGAACUUCUGACAACCUAUGGCAGUAUGAGGGGAUAUAUGUCUGUAAAUGGUAUCCCAGACUGCCCACGGACAGCCAGGUACAUCCUCAAGGACUUUGUGAAUGGGCGCCUCCUCUACUGUCACCCACCACCUGAUGUGGAUGAAAAAAAUUUCCAGUUGGGAGGAAUUGUUCCUAAAGACAUAAGAGAAAAACAACAAUCUAUUUUGUCAAAAAAGAAACCAAAAGAGGCCCCUGCACGCCAAAGCAAGCUUGAUAAGGACUUUUUUCAGAAGUUAAGUGUUGGUAUGCAUUCCAAAGGAAUGGUCAGUGCCCAACAGUCCGGUGGGGCCACAUAUGGGGGGAACAGUGUGAGCAGCAGCAUGAUGUCUGUGGCUGGAAAACCAUGGAAGAAGCACAACAACAAGGGGAAACGGGAGAAAUUACGCAGACUUUACAAAGAUGGGGAGUGAUAUGUUUGGGAAGACUGUGUUCGAAAAAAAUUAUUAUUUGAUGCAUAAACUUAUGAAAUAUUAUUCCAUAUUAUAUUAAAAAUAUGAGAUAAAUAUAUUUAAAGAUAA